ACACACAGGGCCACCCCAUAUAUGGCGAGCAUGAGAAGGAUGAGCAAUUUUAUAUAUUUCCACAAAGUAACAUAUGGAAGCUCUCAUGAAGUCACAUAUAGCCAGCAACCAGUCUGUUCUGAUACCAAAGCAUGCCCCAUGUUGUGAUGUCAGAACUAUCAGGCAAUCCUACUGGAGCAUGGAAUUCUCCUAUAGGGAAUUGGACCAGGGAAAAAACAAUUUGCAUGUAACAUCAUUAGACGAUGCAGAAUGUCUUCGAUCUAAAGAACUCCUUGCAACUGGAAACAAUAAUACUUCCAAUCCAAAGCCUACCCGCAACAUCCCUCGCAGACAUACUGUAGGUGGACCUCGCAGUUCCAAAGAAAUACUGGGAAUGCAGACAUCAGAAAUGGACAGAAAGAGAGAGGCUUUUUUGGAGCAUCUGAAACAGAAAUAUCCCCAUCAUGCUACUGCAAUAAUGGGACACCAAGAAAGGCUGAGAGAUCAGACAAGGAGCCCAAAGCUGUCUCAGAGCCCACAGUCCAAUUUGGGAGACCAGGCAGAACAUCUGUCCGAAGCAUCUGCCGAUUCUUUAGAAGCCAUGUCUGAGGGAGAUUCUCCAACUCCUUUUUCCAGAGGCAGCCGUACACGAGCAAGCCUUCCAGUGGUGAGAUCAGCGAACCAAACAAAGGAGAGAUCACUAGGAGUUUUAUAUCUUCAGUAUGGAGAUGAAACAAAACAGUUAAGGAUGCCGAAUGAAAUUACAAGCACAGACACGAUUCGUGCCCUCUUCGUAAGUGCCUUCCCCCAGCAGCUGACAAUGAAAAUGCUGGAGUCUCCCAGUGUUGCCAUUUACAUCAAGGACGAGAGCAGAAACAUAUACUAUGAACUAAAUGAUGUAAGGAACAUUCAGGACAGAUCUUUCCUUAAAGUUUACAACAAAGAUCCUGCUCAUGCAUUUAAUCAUACAUCCAGAACUGUAAAUGGAGAUAUAAGGAUGCAGAGAGAAAUUGCUUACAUAGGCCGAGAUGGCCCAAAUACUCCCCGGCCAGGAUCUGCUACGCAUCCUUCUCAUGCAAUUCCAAGCUCAUCACCCAUGACAGCUGUGCCCCACUCUAUGCCUCCGUCUCCAUCCAGAAUUCCUUAUGGUGGGGCCAGGCCCAUGGGCGUGCCAGGCAAUGCAACAAUUCCCAGAGACAGGCUCUCAAGUGUGCCAGCAUCAAGAUCCAUAUCACCGAGCCCUAGUGCCAUUUUGGAAAGAAGGGACGUGAAACCAGAUGAGGACCUGAGUAACAAAAACAUUGCACAGUUUCGAAAUGAAGGCCUGUAUGCCGACCCCUACCUGUAUCAUGAGGGGAGGAUGAGUGUUGCUGCUCCCCAUACUGGACACCCUCUUGAUGUUCCUGAUCACAUUAUAGCUUAUCAUCGCAGUACAAUGAGGUCCUCAAACACUUACUGUAGUCCCUCUCUGCAACCUGAAAUGAUGGAGCAAUCGUUGUACAGACAAAAACCUAGAAAAUACCCUGACAGCCAUUUGCCAACUCUUGGUUCUAAAACUCCUCCUGCCUCUCCUCACAGAGUCACUGACAUGAGACUGAUUGAUAUUCAUACUCAGCAUAACACUCACGUGCCCCCUCAUGUCGUCCAGCCGGACAGGUCUUCUCCUAGUCGCCAGUCCUUUAAAAAAGAACCAGGAGCACCUAUGUUUGUGGAAGCAAAAGCACGGAAUGCUGUGGGUUCACCUGGCAUGGUCGAAGUAGUUCAGUCUGCGGCUGACAAACAGGUGUUUGGCUAUGGAUCAGCUGCGGUGCCCAAAGACAAAGAGACAAGAGAGAGGAUGCAAGCCAUGGAGAAACAGAUUGCCAGUUUAACUGGUCUUGUUCAGUCUGCGCUUUUUAAAGGGCCAAAUACAAGUAAUAGCAAAGAUGCUUCUAGUGAGAAGAUGGUGAAAACCAUGUCCAGUAAGAGCAAUAUUGACAGCGCAGGAGCUGCUCACAUGUCUGGUGGAAAGAAUUCAUUAGCAACUACUGACUCAACUACCAUCAUCAAUCACCCUGCACCCGUUGGCUCCCCAGCAAUGCAAGUCAGCCUACAUGAUAUGAGAUGCAAUGUGUCAGACCUUCGGCUGCAGCUGCGUCAGAUGAAGCAGCUACAGCUGCAGAACCAGGAGAUGCUGAGGGCAAUGAUGAAGAAAGCUGAGCUGGAAAUCAAUGGCAAAGUGAUUGAAACAGUGAAGAGGCUGGAGGAUCCUGUGCAGCGACAGCGCAUCCUGGUGGAGCAAGAAAGGCAGAAAUACCUCCACGAAGAGGAAAAGAUUGUGAAGAAGUUAUGUGAGCUAGAAGCUUUUGUUGAAGAGCUGAAGAAGGACUCUACUGCCACCAACAAGAUAGUGACGUUGAAAGAUGUUGAAGAUGGGGCUUUUCUUCUGCGGCAAGUAGGAGAAGCUGUUGCCACCCUCAAAGGCGAGUUUCCAACAUUGCAGAAUAAAAUGCGGGCGAUCCUCCGCAUUGAAGUGGAAGCCGUGAGGUUUCUGAAGGAGGAGCCCCAUAAACUAGACAGCUUGCUGAAACGAGUCCGCAGCAUGACAGAUAUCCUUACCACGCUGAGGAGACAUGUUACAGAAGGUCUGCUGAAGGGCGUGGAUCCUUCUCAAGCCAUGCAAUACAGUGCCAUGGAAAAGGCAACAGCAACCGAAGUUCUGAAAAAUCAAGAAGAGCUAAUACGUGUCCCUGGAUACCCACAGCAAAACAUAGCUGGAGUUACAGCAGAGGUGCAAGGGUCUUCAGUCAAGUCAGAAGUUCUACCCUUAAUGACAGUUCAUCAUGUACAGAGCUCUCCUGUAGUCAUACAUCAAUAUCAGCACUCUUCAGCACUGGUCAACCAUACCCAGAAUUCACCUUUGGUCACCAGCCAUUCUGUAGGUUUGUCAGCAACAAGCCAUCACACCCCCACCAUGCCAGUCACUGUACUGGAGUCCACAGCAGCAACCCAGCAAUCACAGACGUCUCAGUCACCACAGGUCAAUGGUUCCGUAAUGCAAAGCCUUUUUAUUGAAGAAAUUCACAGUGCAAGUACCAGGAACCGAGCUGUAUCAAUUGAGAAAGCAGAAAAGAAAUGGGAAGAGAAAAGACAGAACCUUGAUCACUAUAAUGGAAAGGAGUUUGAAAAACUUUUAGAAGAGGCACAGGCCAAUAUCAUGAAGUCAAUCCCUAACUUAGAGAUGCCUCCGCAGUCCACAGCCUUGCCAAAAUUGGAGGCGGUGGAUAAAUUAGAGGUUUCAGAAGAUGCUCCCAUUGCAGAACAGGAAGCUGACAAGCUGGUGAAGUCACCACCUCCUCCACCUCCACGUCGCAGCUAUCUACCAGGAUCUGGCCUCACCACAACGAGAUCAGGAGACGUCAUCUAUGCAAUCAAAAAAGAGACCACCAUUGUCAAGGAAGGCAGCGAAGAUGCUUGCCAAACAGCACAGUCCAAAGUACCUAAAGAAGAUCCAGCCUCAUCCCGGGCACCACUGCCUGUCACAGCAUCUGCCACAAAGGACGAGGAGGAAGAGGAAGGAGACAGGAUAAUGGCAGAAUUGCAGGCUUUUCAGAAGUGCUCUUUUAUGGAUGUAAAUUCAAACAGUCAUGCUGACCAGUCCAGAAAUGACACACAUGUUAAAGACACAAGGCCUGGCGCUCUAAUACACCACAAGGACAAGAAGGUAUAUGGGGAUACAACAGGAUUUCCAAAAGAUAGUGACCACCCUAAGGAGAAGAGGGAUGGGAAAACUGAAGACGAGAGGAGUUCUGAUGCUUCCAGCAUAUCUGAAAAUAAAAUUGGCUUUUCAAUGAAUGAGAAUUCUGUAUUCAGUAAAGAUUUGUUUGUAGGGAAUAAAGACUAUUCCAACAAGAACCCCCAUAAUAUCAGCACAAACUUCUCUAGUGUAAGCUUGCCAGAAAAUGAGAGAAGAAAAGGGGGUCAAGAUGUCUUAGGAGUGCAUUAUCCAGCUAUUGAAACUGGAAAACAAAAGCUGAACUAUGGAAUAUUGAGACACACUGAUUAUGACAUGCCUCAGAACCAACCACUAGAGUGUGCAGGCAAAUGUGUCCCAAUCAGCAACGUUUCACCUCUUGUCAGGCAAACAGAGUUGCAAACUCAGGAGGCUUCCAGAUCACCACAGGAGCAAGAAAUGCCUAUAAUUGACUACAGUCAGGUUGUGCUAAGGCCUAAAGUAUCUAAAAAUACCAAUGUAAACUAUAUUGAGGAGAGAGAGUCUCCAGCUAGCUCUCCAGUUGAAGAAAACCCACCAACAGACAACAUUGCUUUUAUGAUUACCAAGACAACUGUCCAGGUUCUGUCGACUGGAGAAGUUCAUGAUAUAGUAAACAGGAAGGGAGGAGAUGUACAAACAGUUAAUAUAGAUGCCAAAAAGGACAAGACAUCCCAACAAGGUGUACUAGAGAGUACAGAGAAUGAAGAACCAGUAGUUUGUCUGGACAAAAAACCAGUCAUCAUCAUCUUUGAAGAACCAAUGGAUAUUAGAUCGGCUUAUAAAAGACUUUCAACCAUAUUUGAAGAAUGUGAUGAGGAGUUAGAGAAAAUGAUGACAGAGGAGAAGAUAGAGGAAGAGGAGGAGGAUGAAGAAAAUGAAAUCUCUGAAAUCCCUGUGAUAGAGAAUGAAGUACUGCAGACAAUUAAUAAUGGAAGGGCUGCUACAGAUUAUUUAGCAAAUCAUGGGCUUGAGCAACAAUAUGAAUUUAAACUUCAGUCUAAUUCUGACUCUACAGAAACAAAAACUCCUGAGGAACAAGAAAUAGCAAAGACCGGUUUUAACAAAUUUAGUCAAAUUUAUGGUCUAAAUUCAGAAAUGAAACUGGACUCUCCUGAUCAGUUUGGAAGCAGGCAGGAUGCUAAGAAAAAAUUUAAAUUUAAGUUCCCUAAAAAGCAGCUGGCUGCUCUGACUCAAGCAAUACGUACAGGGACCAAAACUGGGAAGAAGACCUUACAGGUGGUGGUUUAUGAAGAGGAGGAGGAAGAAGAUGGGACUCUAAAGCAACACAAGGAGGCCAAAAGAUUUGAAAUCACAGGGUCUCAGCCUGAGGAUGUUACCAAAGAUAGUUCUGGGAAGGAAGAUCCCAUUCCUGAGACAUCAACACAGAGCUCUAGAACUGAUGAAAUUCGAAAGAAUACGUACAGGACUCUGGACAGCCUUGAGCAGACCAUUAAACAGCUAGAGAACACCAUCAGUGAGAUGAGUCCAAGAUCUGUCCCUGAACCUGCAUGUGGCUCUGUAAGAAGCAGUGCCCCCUAUUCUUCCCAUAUAACACAAGAGGCUGCACCCAGAGAACUUGUAGUAUUGGACGAGAGCCAUGCUGCCUCAGAAUCCCCUUCGUCAAUCUUAUCAGCUUCACGUAAGGGCUCAAGCACCGCUUCACAGACCAGCAGGAUGCCAAUACCCAUGGCUACAAAAAGUAGACAAGGAAGCCUGGAUAAAGCAGGCAGACAGCACAAGCUACAGGAUCCACGCCAAUACAGACAGCACCUGUUACAAAAAGUGCAGAAGGUGUGUGAGAGUGAACCCGUGUGUGUGAGCACAGAAAUGUAUAGAGCAUGGAAAAAACAAUGUAUGGUUCCAGAAAUUUUAGUAAGUUGUUUUGUAUAAAGCUAUUUUCAUUAUGGGAACUACAAGUGAACAGAGAUAUACUAAAGUGUGAUUAUACACAAAUGUAAAACUGAAACGAGAUGUUUUUCUUUUCUUUUAGUGUUAUUUAGCUUUGUUACAGAUUUCUAUUUUUGUCAACAAAACAUCAUGGUUCCUUUCAAUAUCUUUUUGCCAAAACAUUUUGAUACUAUUAUAAUGUACAUUUGAAAGUGUUAUGCUGGACAGUAAACCUCUACACAAGAAACAGAGUAAGACUGGUAUUAAUGUGUAUGAGGUAACUUAACAUAUUGCACUGCCAUUCAAAUUAUAUUUAAUAAUUUGCCUAUCCAAAAAAAAUAAAUUUUGUUUUUACAUAGGUAUUUGCUCAUUACUUUUAUUCUUAGCUAAAUCCACCAUUAUUCUUUUGUUUUAUUGAGACCUGGUAACAUGUAUUGCAGUGUGGAUUUUAAGAUGUACACUUCUGUACUGUUAUGUAUACUGGCAACCUUUUGUACAUAUCUAUAAAUAUAUAUAUAUAAAUAAAUACUGUAUGUGGCUGGGCACAUAGAGUAGUUUUACUACACCAAAAUUAAUUUUUAUGCAUGCUUUAAAGAUUAUAUAUAUAUAUAUAUAUAUAUAUAUAUGGGGAGAGGUGAAUAUUGAGCAAAUGGAAAGGAGCAAAAAGUUUGCAUAGCUCGCGUUUUUGUAAAUAAAUUUGUUUAACACCAUAAUGUAGUAUACAGAACUAUGCUAAGCAAAGAACUUUACAAAAAUAAAGGGCUGCAUGCUGUGUUUGUAUUUUGUCACUAAUAACUUUUACAAUGGUUCCAACUCAAAUGGUUGUUCAAAAACUUUACUUUUAAUGUAAACAGUCUGACAUAAUGAGUAAAAUUGUAUUUCUUUGAGAGUUGGACUCGUACCUUCUAAUGCCAUUGAAGAAUUACCUGGCCAAACAGGGAAAGAGGAAACCACCCUUCUCUAAUUAAAAAGGACUGCCUCCUUCUCUUUCCAUUUGGUUUCUUAUGUCUAUUAUUCUUUAACAGAAAAAAAAGAAAAAAACCCCACCAAGUUGCUGUUACUCGAGGCUGAAAGCUGGAGGCCCUGAUCCCUUACACACAGAUAGGUUCAUGGAGUCCCUGGCAGCAGUAGUAUUGUCAGUGGAAGCCUUCUGUCCAAGACUUCAGCAAUCACACCAGUAUUUAUGCAAAUACAGUAACAAAUGCAAAUACCUGAACCAACUCUGGGUCAAGUAGAGCUGCUCUGGAUUAGAACAGAGACAGCAGCAAGGCUUGUCAACAUGACAGUUAGUCAGCGCUGCCUUUGCAGAAACACCCACUGCCUUGUGUAAGGUUACUUUGCAGGCAAGGACAUAAGCAGCUUCCAUCCUCUCCCCUCGUUUUUUUGCUAAUUUGUCUCCUUUGCCCUAUGUGUUUAAGACAAUAGUGUUACUCAGUUGAUACUUCCCUCCCAACACAGCUGUGGUUCUCCCUGUUUUCUUCUCUAUGCACUUGAGGAAC